AAUUUAUAAUCGACGGGAUAUAUCAAUAAGGAUGGGUAUAACAGAAAUCAAGGACUUUCAAGUCUUACCUGUAGAAGUCACUGGGUCUACAUCUCCACAUUAUAUUUAUUUCAAAAAGCAUACUGUGAAGGGAUCUUCCAAUGAAAACAGAUCGAUUUUCUUUUUCAAUUUACCAAUUCAAACGUCAACUCCUGUAUUCAAAAAGUACCUUCAAUCGGUAGCUAUUGGUGCUACGUUAGAGUCAUUCACUCCUAGUUUCUUGACUGACUAUCCAGAAGAUAUUUGGAUUGAUUUGACCAAACUUACAUCCGAUUUAGAACUUGAACUGAAUGAACAGUUACAAGAACAACUUCAAGGAGCCAAACUUCCGAAGCAUUGUGGUGUAGUUUCCUUUGUUGAUAAAUCUGCCUUCCAGUUGGCAUUCUCAUCGUUGAAAAAACUUUCGAUUGCAUCUACCAUUUCUCAAUGGCCCAUUCCAUCCUUUGGAUCUUCGUUCUUUCUUGAAAAAUAUCAUAACCAAAUCUUAGACCUGGAAGACUUAUCCAACGCAGUGUCUCAAGCUCUUGUAGAGUUUGAUGCUGCUGAACAACAAUCCAUGAAUGAAAUUCAAAGCCAAACCCAACUUGUAGAUGAGGAUGGGUUCACUUUGGUGGUGGGUUCUCAUAGAAAGACAAAGGCAGGUAUAAUGGGUAAGCAAAAGCUUGCGUCUACUGUGGAAGCUGAAAAGGCACAAUCUAAGCUUAAAAAGAAGGAAAAGGAAGACUUCUACCGUUUCCAAAUGAGACAAAAGAAGAAGGAUGAAAUGAAUGACUUGUUAAGAAAGUUUAAGGAAGAUCAAGAAAGAGUGAGAGUGAUGACGGAAAAGAAGAGAUUCAGACCGUAUUAAAUCUAUGAACCAAUAACAAUAAUGAUUCAAACCUCAAAGCAAACAACAACUUUCCUUGUUUCUUAUUAUGACAAUUCCUCACUCUCUAACUUCAGAGAGAAAUUAGUCCUCAAGACUGCUCGCAUUUAAAGGUCCCAUACCUUCCCCGUGUACAUAUAUAUUAGUACUCAUAAUAGCAUGUAAUAUAAACCUAGACCUAAUAA